AUGAGCAGUGAAUGUUUGUUACCUUAUUACACAGCCCACAGCUAUCGUUCAAUGGGUGUGUUCAACACCUCCAUGGGGGACCUGCAACGACAGCUGUACAAGGGAGGAGAGUAUGACAUUUUCAAGUAUGCACCAAUGUUUGAGAGUGACUUUAUCCAGAUCAGCAAAAAAGGAGAGGUGAUUGAUGUGCACAACCGUGUCCGAAUGGUGACUGUGGGCAUUGCCUCCACCAGUCCCGUCCUCCCACUACCUGACGUCAUGCUGCUGGCCCGACCAGCUAAGGUCUGCGAAGAGCAUGCCAGACUAGGGAGGCACAUCAAGGGGAAAGGUCGCAAGCCCAUAAAGAUUCUAGAGCUCACCAGGCUACUUCCCUUGAAGUUUGUGAAGAUCUCCAUUCACGACCGUGAGAAACAGCAGCUUCGGCUGAAGCUCGCCACUGGCCGUACUUUCUAUCUGCAGCUGUGUCCCUCCUCAGAUGCCCGAGAAGACCUCUUUUGCUAUUGGGAAAAACUUGUCUAUCUCCUGAGGCCACCAGCAGAAAGCUCCACCACCACUCCUGUGAUGCAAACUGCGGACAUGGUAGAGGACAACAGAACUUCCAUGGCUUCAGAAAUCCGUGGACAAGGGGAUCGGAAUGAAGUUGGACAUCGCAAGGCUUUCGGGGUGUCUGCUGCCUCCUCUUCUGCUUAUGCUGGGGGAGAGGGCAUUCGACAUUCCCCCCGCCACAAGGCUAGUGCAGUGUCCUCAGCCACCAGCACCAAGGCUAGUGCAGUUCCCUCAGCCAUGAGCACUACAGGGACUGCAGCAGGAGCAGCAGGGAUAGCAAGUGGCACUACAGUAGCAGGGGUAACGAGCCCUGCAACAGGCACUCUGAGCGUAGCAACAAUCAAGCCCACAGGCCCAGGCCAAGUGACUGCAGCCGUGGCGGGAACAGCCACCAAGAAUCCAGGAGAAAGUGAAUCCGGCAAGACCAUAGCAGGCGCUGCCAGUAUAUCCUCAGAUGGCAUUAACUUGGCCUUGGUGGGUGCUAUGAGCACCUCCUCAGCAGGUACAUCCAGCUUCACUACAGGGACUUCCAAUAUCUCCCAAGAGAGUAGUAGUUCGAGUAUGGUGUUUGCAGGCACCAUGAUGACUGGCACGUCUGAGGCGGUGGGACCCCUCGUAUCAACCUUGCAGAGUGAGGGUUACAUGAGUGAGCGGGAUGGAAGCCAGAAGGUUUCCCAGCCCCGUGCUGAAGCCCAGAAGGAAAAAAGGGAAAGAAGAGAAAAAAAGGACAGACAUCCUAGUAGGAAAAGUUCCCAUCACCACCGGAAAGGGGGAGACAAGAGCCGGAAAGGGGGAGACAAGAGCCGUAAAACAUCCUCCCACCGAUCCUUAUCUGGUCACAAGAACGUGAGAGAUGAUAAAAAAGACAAAGGGAAGAGCAGUGCAAGGGACAAGAGACACAGCUCCACUCGCAAAAGCUCCAGCCACACCACCACUAGAAAGGAGUCAAGGUCAUCUCACAAACUGGGGAAGAGCCGAUCUGCCAGUAGCUCAGGUACUUUGAGUAAGAAAGCCAGUAAAAUCAGCUCUUUCUUGAGAGGCCUCAGAGCCCCUUCUGGUUCAAAAGUUACAGUCACAUCGGCAGAUAGAGAGGUAGAUAUCAUGACUAAGACAGUAGAGAAGCAUAACAUAGAGGCCAAGGUGGAGAAAGCCCAGGAGGGCGAGGAGCUGGGGAGGAUCAGUGGCACCAUGACGUCUGAGACGACAGAGAUGAUAAUCUUUGAAACCAAAUCCGUUUAA